AUAUCAUACAAUAUAAUAUAUAUAUUAUUCUUGUGCAUUUUAUCUCUCAUAUAAUAUUUUUCUUGAACUUUCUUUUGUGAAGAUCACAUGUUAAUUUCAUCAUGGGGGAUUCUCCUGCUUCUUACAUAUACAUGGUCCAACACCUUAUAGAGAAGUGCCUAAUUUUCAACAUGACAAAAGAGGAAUGCAUGGAAGCACUUUCCAAACAUGCAAAUAUCAAACGUGUCAUCACUGUUACUGUGUGGAAUGAGUUGGAGAAAGAGAACAGAGAGUUCUUCGAGGCAUACGCGAAAUCACAGAACAAAAAUCACGCGAUAGAGGUAGAGGUAGAGGGAGGGGCAAGUACAAUGAUCCAGAAAUUGAUAUUGGAUCGAGAUCAUACUAAAAAUUCAGAUAACAUAUGAUCGCGUGUUGAUUAUAAUGUUAAAGAAAUUACGUUCAAACAAGCAAAUAUGUCAUGGUUCGAGGAGUCCAUGUGCCGCGUAUAUAGACCUUAAGGGCAUGGUGGCGUAACCAUCAAAAGUCAAAACUAUGAUGGUAGCUUUAUCGCUCGGAUUCUUCAAAAAUGUUCGUCAGGUGUACGUCAGAUCCUUCAGAAGUAAUACAUUGUUGAAGCUUUUGACGUGAAUACGACAACAUUUUAGAGAGUUCGAGCAACAUAGACGGGUAAUAGUACUAUGUGCUAACCUUAAUAGGCUUAUUGAAUCAACUCCCAAAAAUCCCAAGUUGGUAUUAAUGAGCCAAAAUCUUAGGGAUGUGUUGUAACAAAGUGUUGUUAACUUUUUUUUCUUUCUUUC